GCACAUCCUGGCAACAAUGUCUGCCACCACAAUGUGUUUCCUGUGGGGUAAUCAACAGUUUGAUGCGACAGUUCAUUGCUUCAGUACACUGCUACAACGAACGGUGUAAGUAGGAGUUUUCCGUUACACUGCCGGGAUGAGUGAAUGUGACAGUUUAAUGGAGGCCCCAGACAAGAAUACAAGUGACAGCUUCGAUGCUGGGACCCUGCAGAUGGAGGGAGAGGACGAGGACGAGGCUGAUGGAAUGUUGCAGUACAGACGGAUGCCCUCAACAACAGACACCCUGGAGGCUGAUCCUAGAUGGAGAACUACAUUCAAUGACAUGGCGGGUUGGAUCAAACAGCUGUGUAUACGUGAAUGUGUCCUCUACAGACAGGACUUCAAACAGAGCAACAAUGUGUGUCGAUGUGGCCGCAGUGAAGAUGAACACACAGGAGAUGACUGGGAUGGAAACAAACUCAGUACUUGGCAGAAACAGAAGAGCUUCAUUAAGAAAGAGACUGAUACCUUCGGGAGAAUCUUAUUUGAGGCCGUUGAAGUGCCUUCACUGUUUGUCCGCCUUGACAACAAAACAUCGAGCGAGAAAUUGGCCAAUCUUUUGAGCAAGGACAUCCUUGAAGUGAGCAGUAAUGACCUGGUACUGCACUUCGUGGACUUUGAUGAAGCUGAACCCCGUGUUGAUGCUGCCAUUGUUGCUAAACUCCAGGAGAAGCUCAAGGAUGGUCUCAAAGUCCUGGCUGACAAGACACAGCUGCUGCUGACAUCACAUGGGCUACAGACUGGUACGUCCAGCCAUCUUCAUCACGCUCUCAGUCAGCUCCAGAGUCAGACCAGUUUCCGUGUUGGAGUUGUCACUAUGGCCUGUCCCUCCUGGGGCAGUGUGGAUAAGAAGGAUCUCUUCAGCGACUAUGUGAUGGACAGGGAUAUAAAGCCAGGCGCCAGGUCUCAGACAGAGGUUCUGGGGAGGAACCUGUCCCCAUACUUCAGCCACUACCUGUUUGCCGAUGACGGCACCUACCACGUCAACAUGAAACAUCUACAUCAUUUCAGAGAAAUGCUUGAGAAGGCAUUUGAGAAGGCAUUUGAAGGAACUCAUGGUGAGGGUCCCCCGACGGUGUUGGUGUUGAUGAAUGGUGGGUCCAUGGCACUGGCACAUGUGCUCAAGGCUCUACAGAGGCAGAUACCAGUUGUCAUUGUCAAGGGGUCUGGAGGCUGUGCUGACAAGAUUGCAUCCGUGUAUCUCAGAAAAAAACCCAAUUGUAGCAAGACUUUCGACACAACUGGCAAAGUCAGCUUCAAGUACCAUCUGAACGUGGAGAUGGAUGUUAAUGAUGAUGACGAUGAUGAGAUGAAGAUCAGAGACAUACUCAACCACUUUGAGCUGCUUACUGUCUUUGACCCACAACCCCAGACACUGGGGCUGCACAUGGUUGUUGUGUGGGCUUUGCUCAAAGCUAAGCAGGAGAGCAAGCUACACAAACUACUGGAGUCCUUCGUUGCAAACAGCAGUGGGAACAUCUGGACUGGGAACACUCACAACAUGGAGAAUCCACAGGAAAGAACACAGAUCAACCCUCACACCUACUUCCUGUUGGAGACGAUGUUCAACAGCAGCGCUGCCGUGGUGGAGGCCAUCUUGAAGGGCCUUGGCAACCUGAACCAACAUUUCACCAUGGACAACAUCAUACAACUGUACAGCAGGUUUGAACAUCUGGGGCCCUGCAGAAAGUAUUUGAAAGCAGCCAAAGAAAGAAAAUCUUGUUGCACUGAUUGCCAUGCGUUAAAUACUGUAUCAGAUGUGCGAACUGCUCUUCAAGAUAUUCUGGGUACCAGGUACCCACUCACCUGUACAGGCAAACAGUGUCAGUGUCAGGCAGUUGUCACCACCUCAGAUAUGAACACAGUUUUCACAGAGCCGCAAGACUUCCGGUCAUGUCUGCCCCCGAUUCAAGAGAUGUUCCUGUGGGCACUUCUGACCAACAAGCAGAAGCUUGCUAUGAUGUUGUGGAAGUGGAGUGAGGACAAAAUAGCAACUGCUCUGGUUGGGGAGGCAGUACUGCGGGAACUUGCAAAGAAGGAAGACAACUUGGACACUGAAACAGUGUUACACCAUAAUGCUGGAAAGUUUGAUGACUUGGCAGUGGAAAUGUUAAAAAAAUGUUACGAGGUGGAUGAAGAGGAAACGUUCAAUUUGCUGCUGCGGAGGACCAAGUGGUGGGGGAACAAGUCCUGUCUGCAGCUGGCGGUACAGCUGAAGAGUCGCGGGUUCAUUUCCCAGCAAGCCUGCAAGUCGCUCCUCGACAAGAUCUGGUUCGGGGGGAUCAAUGCAUCCAAGUCCUCCUUCAAAAAACUGACCUUGAUGCUGGGGCUCAUUCCAGGCGUUUCCCUCAUCCUCUUCCAGAUCAACAAGAAGGACAGAAAAGGGUUCUCCUUGGAUCCAGGCGAGAGGAAGAAACACAAGUUCCUCUGUGAGAAAGCUGUGCUGUUCUACACGGCUCCUGUCGUCAAGUAUACACUCAACCUGGUGAUGUUCAUUUCGUUUCUACUGUUGUUCAGUUAUGUGCUGCUUGUAGAUCUACAGGAGAAGUUCACCCCAUUACAGGGGGUGCUGUGUGCGUGGGUGGCCACCUAUCUAGGGGAGGAAGUCAGACAGGUUUAUGGUGUUCCUGAGCGCUCCUUAAGGAGGAAGUUUGCGGAGUAUUUUCGUCAAGGUUGGAACAUACUGGACCUGAUAACGAUCGUUGGUCUGAUGGUCGGCAUGUUGCUGGUCCUGGUUCCUGGAGAGACUUGCUACCUGAUUCGCAGGGUCAUCCUCAACAUCGACAUCUUCCUGUUCGCCAUGAGACUGCUCCAGAUGUUUGUUGUGAGGAAGAAUAUUGGGCCUAUGCUGACCAUGAUACAGAGGAUGAUUAGUGAUACUGCAUCAUUUAUGACAAUCCUCCUGGUGUUUGUCUUCUCAUACGGAGUUGUCUCCCAUUCGGUUCUGUUUCCACAAGCUUCUGCUGAGUGGCGCCUCCUAUAUGAUGUUCCUCAUCGAGCCUAUUGGCAGAUCUACGGAGAGUUCUUCCUUGAUGACCUUCAGGACACAGACAUCGUCAACAAGACCUCCAGCAGACAGCCUGAAAUUUCCCAGUACAUUGUGGAGGGCUUCCUUGCUGUCUAUGCCAUCAUCACACAUGUGCUUCUCCUAAAUAUACUCAUUGCAAAAUUCAAUUAUACGUUUAGUAAGGUUCAGGAAGAGGCAAGUAAGAUUUGGGCGUGGCACAGGUGUCAGAUCAUCCACGAGUUUUACACACGGCCCUGGCUGCCGCCACCAUUUAAUGUCAUCCACCUCCUUGUCUGGCUUCUAAUGUCAUCUGUUCGAGCAGUAAGAGCUGUGUGUAGCAAGUGCUGCAGGCAAUCUUGUUGCCACGGACACCAGACGAGGAGUCAUGAAGAUAGUGCAAUUCCACUUCGCAGUGAAGAUGAUUACAAAGGCGUGUCCUUUGGGCGGGUCCAGGCAUGUAGUGUGGAGAUCCUGUGGGAUGUGGACCAGCUGUACAGCUAUAAGAGAUACAAGCUGACAUAUUGGAGGAAGGAGAGUGAUAUUUCAGAUAAGAAUCCUCAGCUGACAUUGACCUUGUUUCCGACAAGGUCAUGCAUUGUGGGUAAUCUCCAUCCCUGGACUGAGUAUCAGUUUGAAAGUUUCGGUGGCUGUGUUGGUCAGUCUGGCAUUGUGGACACCUGGGAUCACCUGGGCAUUAUGAACAUACAAACAGACAAUGAUAAGUCUGAGGCCUUUCGGAAGAUGGAGAAGGACAUCGCUGCCAACAUCCUGGCCAUGACUCCCCGUGAGGAUGUUGUACUACAUAGGACUGAGGAGCUCUGUAAGGAGAUGUCCAAGAUGGGAAGGUCCAAUAGGACCAGUCAGCAGACAUCAGCCAUGGCCCUGCAACACCUCAGUGAGGAGGUUGCCCAGUUAAAAGUUUUGCAAGAAACCUACCUGACUGAGCGAGAUGCUGCCACUGAAGUAGACAUUGAGAAAUCAGAACCUAUUCUACAAGAGAGAGUGAAAACAUUGGAAACGAGUAUUGAGGAAUUGAAACAUAAUCAACAGACAAUACUGAAACUACUCCAGGAUAUUCAGACAAAAUUGCCAGCCUUUAACGUUCCUUAGCA